AACGAACCAAAACAUAAACCAAUCCCCUACACCCUUCCUCGCUAUGACUUCCGGCCGCCCUGUAACUACGAGCGCCUCGGGCCCCAGACUCCUCAAGGAGCUCCUCGAGGCUGGCCGCAACUUGCCCAGCGCCAGCGCCGACCACGGCACUCUCCAGCUGAGUCUCAAUGAUAUCCGCAAAAAGGCACACGACUUGCGCAAGGCGGAGAAUGCCUCCUUCACCAAGGCGCACUACCUUCUCGCCGGUAGCGGGAUCACGGCAGAGGAGAUCGAAACCGAGCUCAAGUCGAUCGAGGUGACGGCCCCCCAGGUCGAUGCCAGAGCCGUUCCAAGGGCCGCUAGCCACGACAUCGACUCGUACCUCCGCGCAAAGAAGGAGGAAAACAUCCUCUCGGCAAUCGAGCAGUCGUUGCUGUCUGCGGCAAAGGACUUUGACGCGUUUGUCAACCAGAACGUAACCAUCGACUGGAAGCGCAAGCGCGACGAGAUCCGCGAGUCGUUUGGGAUCGGCAGCGCCAAAAAGCCAAAGACACACGUUACCUGGGGUAAGGCGAACCCUGGCCGCAACGUGCUCGGACCGAUGGACGGCUACGACGCGUGCAACAACAAGCAGUUGGGCCGCGAGAAGUUUGAGGUUUACGCCCAGGUUGUGUACCAGUUGAACGACGCCCGCCAGAACAAGCAGUACUUUCCGCUCGCGUCCACCCUCGGCGAGGUUUUCCGUGCCAGCACCGACGUCAAGUCUAGACAAUUGCACGAUACGUGGAAGAUCGUUGCGUAUCUCACGGAGGAGAGAUCGUCGCAGGUGUACCAGGAGAAGAAGUUCUUCAAGGCGUACGCCUCUACCGCGGCCUGUGCGGAUCUCAACCAGUUCGACGCGGUGGCAUUGCGCAAGAAGCUUGUGGGCAAGUCCAAGACCUACCUCGAGAGACAGUUCUUGGAUCUCGUCAACUCUGUGCACAAGAAGCACCUUGGGUCAGAGCUGGCCACCACGGAGGCCAACAACAAGGUGGAGCCAGCAUCCAACACAACCAAGGUAGCGGCGUUCAUCUCCAAGAUGGGUUUGGCCAAACAGGAAAAGACGCUUGCGGUCAACGGCGUGCCGAUCUGGCCAUUGGUGUUCUACCUCUUGCGCGCGGGCUUGCUCGAGGAGGCACUCGAGCUCACGGCCGCCAACCACCAGGCAUUCCAGAAGUACGAAAAGGCGUUCCCGGUGUACCUCAAGGCAUACGUGGACUCACCGUCGCGGAGAUUGCCGCAGGAGUUGCACGAGCGCCUCCACACCGAGUUCAACCAGCACAUUGCCCAGGUGUCCAAGACCGCGGACCCGUAUCGCUACGCCGUCUACAAGUUGAUCGGGCGCUGCGACUUGGCCCGCAAGACCUUCCCCGUGGACUUGAGCAUAGAGGACUGGCUCUGGUGCCACUUGUCGUUGACCCGUGAGGACAACGUCGAGGAGGACCCCUCUCAUGAGCGCUACACCUUGCUCGACUUGCAGCGCACUGUGGCACAAUACGGUGCCGGCCGCUUCAACGGCUCCAACCAGAAUCCGUUCUACCUCAAGGCGUUGGUGCUCACAGGGUGCUUCGAGACCGCCGUCGAGUACCUCUACACCUUGAACGAGGCCGACGCUGUCCACUUGGCCAUCGGCUUGGCCUACUACGGCUGGUUGCGUGUCAGCAAAAGCCACAAUGCGGGCAACGAGUUGAUGGUGAUCAACCCGCGACUCAACGACCAGCGCGAGAUCAACUUUGCUCGCCUCAUGGGCUCCUACACCCGCUUCUUCCGUGCGUCGGACCCUAAGAUCGCCGCCCAGUACGUGAUUCUCAUCUGUAUGAGCGAGGAGAUUACCUCGCCCCAGGGCAAGGACCAGCUCGACAUCUGCUUGGAAGCUCUCCGUGAGUUGGUGUUGGAGACCAGAGAGUUUUCGUUACUUUUGGGCGACAUCAACGCCGAUGGCAUGCGUGUGCCAGGAGUUAUCGAGCAGAGAAAGAGCUUGUUGGGGCUUAGGAACGAGGAGGAGUACCUCCACAAGGUUACCGAGCAGGUGGCCGUCAGGGCGGACGAGGAGGGUCGCCAGUUUGACGCCAUCUUGCUCUACCAGUUGGCCGAGGAGUAUGACACCGUCAUUUCCACCAUCAACAAGUUGUUGGGCGAGUUGCUCAGCACGACCGAGUUGGACCAGCCGCUUUUCAGCGCAUCCGAAACCCAGCAGACCAACAUCGUGUUGUUGGCGACACAUUUAAUUAAGACGUUCCAGAACAACGCAGAGAUCUGGAAGAAGAUUGGCUCCAAGAACAGGGAAACCUGCGAGACCUUGCUCAAGUUAAUUGAUAUCAGACAGCGCUUUGUGCACCAGGACUGGGAUGUCUGUUUGCACAAGAUCGGCCAGUUGAGCAUUGUCCCAAUCAACGAGGAUGACGAUUUGAUCUCCUCGAGGCGCUUGGCGCAGGACUUUACCACGUACGACGAAAACGUUGCCAGAAGUGUGCCGGCGUUGUUGAUUAUGACCAUGACCUGUGUAGCCCAGUCCACCCACCAGUUGAAGCAGAGCGAGUUCAACGUCUCCAGCAAGUCUCACAGAAUGAACCAGUUGAGAGAAGUGGGGAAGAACUGCAUGAUCUACGCUGGGAUGGUUCAGUACAGAAUGCCAAGAGAGACGUACAGUAUGUUGAUUGGCUUAGAGGCUAUGCUUUAGAAGCUUUGUAAUAUAUUUCGUAUCACAA